AGGGAGGGCAGGGAGCGGAUCUGCAGCCCGGGCCCGAGCUCCCACAGCCCGGCGCCGGCAACAUGUCGCGGCCGCUGCCCGUCAACCCGCGCUUCGUGCCGCAGAGUCAGGGCGUCCUCAAGUCGCUGCUGGAGAAUCCCGUCAGACUGUCGCGCCGCCAUGAAGAGGGGUUCAGCAAGGAGGAGAAGGAGAAGCAGCUGGAUGAUGAGGUGGGGGGCAGCACCCUCUCGCAGUCGGCCUUCCUGGGGCCCACCCUCUGGGACAAGACCCUGCCCUACGACGGAGACACCUUCCAACUGGAGUACAUGGACCUGCAGGAGUUCCUGUCCGAGUACGGGAUCCCCAUCAGCCCGUCCCACCAGCAGAAGGCGGGCCCUCACCCACCCCCACAGCACCCUGGGGGGCCGCCCGUGGACCUCAGCCGAGCGGGCACCUCCAUACCUGUGGGCAUGGGACCCCAAACUCUACUGCCCGGCACAGCCAGACCAGGACCACUGCUCCAGUCUGUCCGUAACACCCCCAGCCCCAUUGACCCGGAGAGUAUCCAGGUUCCGCUGAGCUACGAGCCGGACCCUGCCGACCUGGCUCUGUCCAGCGUUCCCGGGCAGGAGAUGUUCGACCCCCGCAAACGCAAGUUCACCGACGAGGAGCUGAAGCCGCAGCCCAUGAUCAAGAAAGCCCGCAAGAUAUUUGUGCCCGAUGAGAUGAAGCAGGAUGAAAAAUACUGGACCCGGCGCAGGAAGAACAACAUGGCGGCCAAGCGCUCGCGCGACGCCCGCAGGCUGAAGGAGAACCAGAUCGCCAUCCGGGCCUCGUUCCUGGAGAAGGAAAACUCGGCCCUGCGCCUGGAGGUGGCCGACCUCCGCAAGGAGCUGAACAGAUGCAAGAACAUCCUGUCCAAGUACGACCCCUGAGCCACGCAGCAUCCUGCUCCCAACCUCCCCCUCCCCCCACCCGCCCAAGCCUUUAACUAGGCCUCAAAACAUGCCCACCUCUAUAUGGGACACUCCCCCCCCCUCACAGGCCCGACCUUUAACUAGGCCUCAAAACAUGCCCACCUCUAU